AUGGACGACGACUUCAACUUCAACUUCGACUCCUUCAUCCUGGAAGAGGCCGCCCUCCUGGACUUCAACGUGGAGACCCCGCCGGCCGCCCCGGCCCCCUCCCACCACCACCACCACCACCACCACCACCAGCGCCAUCACAGCGCAGCCCUUCGCCAUCCUGGAGAAGGAGAGAGCGAAGAAGAAGAAGGGAGCAGCGCCCUGAAGAAGGCGGCUCCGGCGAGGCCGAGGACGAGCUCCAUCGCCUUCGAGGACGUCUCCAAGUUCUUCUACAUGCCCAUCACGGAGGCCGCCAAGGCGAUGAGAGUGGGGCUGACGGUCCUCAAGAAGCGCUGCAGAGAGCUCGGCAUAUCGAGGUGGCCCCAUCGGAAGAUGAAGAGCCUCAACUCCCUGAUUCACAAUGUCCAGGUUGGUCCCACCUAAAAACUCAUGAUGACCGGGCCGUCUCUCCAAGAUGAAAAAAGCCCGGAAAUUGGAACCCGGGCCCGGCCCGGAAAUCCAGUGCAGUGACCCUUUUGGCGGUGGGGCUUCUGUGGGUGUGUGUGCAGGAGCUGGGGAAGGGGGUGGCCAUGGAGGACAGCAUAAGGAGGGAGAUAGAGACUCUGGAAGAGCACAAGAGACUACUGGAGAUGAUGCCGGAGAUGCAGCUGACGGAGAGGACCAAGAAGCUGCGGCAGGCCUGCUUCAAGGCCAACUUCAAGAAGAGAAGGGCGAGCCAGAUCCCCUCCCCCCGCAGCCUUUCCGUCUAA